AAAAAAAAUAAAAAUAAAAAUCAGAUCAAGUAGCAAAUUCAGAAGCAAUUAACACUGCAAUUUGCAAGCUUUUCGCUUUCCUAGCUCAAAUAUGCCGCUGAGCGCCAACAGCGCCCCGAAAUACCAAUAAUUCAGUGUAAUAAAAAAUGCCACAAAACACAAUGGUCACCAACACAAAUACAAUACACAAUAAUUUCCAUAUAAAUAAUAAUGAGGAAUAUGACAUCGAUCAGGAUGAUGGCAUGCAGGAUCUGGGUUUGCCGGUAUCUGUGCAAACGUUUCUAUGGCGUCAGAUUGCGCCUUUCAUAAGGCCAAAAUUAGGCAAAUUGCAUGAGGCUAGUUGCAUGUUUUGUCAACAUGCACCGGGACAUCAUGAAUCAAAGGAAGCUUGCAAGUCCUUUGAAAAAGUACUGGUACAAAACAUCCAAUUCGGUUUAUCGCCGCCGCUCACCAAAGCGCUGGGGGCUAUACCACGCUGGCGACUACUGCAGGCAGCGCUACCACACGUAAUGCACUGUGUUGCCGCCUUGUUGCACAAUCGUGUCAAAGAUAUGCAAGCAAUUGGACCAGUCGAAACGAAAUUACUCUACACCAUGCAGUGGAUAUUGCUCUACGCCGCCGAGGAAUGCGCUGAUGAUGAGGGCGGAAAUGAAAUUUUGGGUGAUGAGACACCCAAACAGAAAUCUGUGGAGCAAUAUUUGUUUUCGGUGCCUACGAUAACGCUCUUUGUAUACCUAUUCGCACCCAUCAUACACCAUUUGAAAGAAUCAGACUUCCAAAAUUUCCGCUUAGAAAAUGGCAUUAAGUUAUGGCAGGGUAUGUGGGAUAAUCGCGCACCGGGGGCACCUUGUUUUACGGCACCUGUCAAGCCAAAGGCGCGUAAUUUGCUCUGCGCGCCCACACCGAAAGGUUCGACGGAUAUGUUUCCUGGACGCAAGCAAUCAUCCAAUGCAGAUGUAGCCACCUCACCAAAACUAGAUUCGCCGCAGAGUCAACUAUCAGAGCACACCAGGCAAGACGAAGAAAACUCAUGGGUCUCUUCGCCCAAAGAAUUUGCUUUUCCCGAGACCAUACCCGAGGAGGCUUCAAGUGUGGAAGAUGAACGCGUAGUCAUUUUUCGGCUGCCCUCCGCGCCACAUCUAAUGGACAACUCGUUUUUUACGGCCGACGCCAGCUUACUGCAACAACAACAAUUGCAAAGUCGUCGCGGCAGCCGGCAGUCGGUACACUCACGUGACAAAGAUAAACCAGCCACAAAGUUCGAAUUCGAUCAACAAGAGCUAAUGCGUGGUGCAUCGGUAAAGGAUAGGAGUAGUCCAUCAUUAGAGAAGGAGACCGAAUCAGAUAAGUCUGAUAGUGUGCGUAUGGAUGUAUCGGCGGCCACAUUUCUUGAUGUAGCCGUGUUACGUUGCCUCUUCAUUUCGCACUGGCAGGAAGAGGGCAUUUUCUGGAGUCUACAAUACAUGUACAAUCGCCUAAGCGAAAUCGGUGAAGAGGCGGCCAUUAGUUUGAAUCAGCCACGCAAACGAUCCAACUCGCUACCCAUACCACAAAUCGAGAUUUCACUGUAUCAAGGUCCGGGCAGCAAUAGUCGCGAUAGCCCAAGCAGCUCAGUGGCUAAAGAUUACAUCGAAAUACCGGAACCAGCGGUAACUAAGCAAGUUGAAGAGUCCAGUCCCACAGCGGAACGCCGCGGCAGCGAGAAGAAGAAGCGCGUCAAAAUGGCUGAUUUGCGUGCCUUUGUCGAAACGAAAAUGUUCUCGAAAUCCGAGAAGAAUCUUGAAAAAGAAUAUCAUCGCAGUCUGGAUACGGGCGAGAAGAAAUUAUCACGCUCAGCUUCAAUGAUUACCAGAGAGCCAGCAAGUAAUCUUAUUAAAGGAAAAUCAAUGCCAAGUUUAAGAUUUUACAGGUAUGUGGAGCCACCGAAAGCAAUGCGUCCCUCCCAGUCCACCGGACAGCGCACGACAUUCUAUCCGCGCAAUCCCAUAAUCACCGUAACGGAACAUACGCCUACACCGUCGCCAGAUUAUCUUAAGCGGCAGGGCUCCAUUGACUCCCAGUUGGAUGCACUGAGUAAUGGUGGUAGUAUUAGCGGUGUGGCAGGCGGCACAACUGGCAGCGGUGGCGGUGUUAGUGGCACCGGUACCACGACUAAUCGCUUCCGCGGUCAAAUGCUGCGUUCGCACACCGACUCACACAUCGAUUACACUGGCGUAGACGAAUCGGAGGCACCUGGCAGCUCCUUCUACAUUACACGCGAUGGUGGCAUUGACUACGAAAUUGUUUUGUUAGCAGUUUUCAAUAUCUUCAAACGAGAUAUGACCAUUUGUUCGCAGCGUGUAUUGGAAGCGGGUUUGAACAUUUGUGAACUAUUACUGGAAAUGGGUGUACUUAAGCUGGGUGAGCAUGCGCACGAGAUAUCGAUGGGUAUUAUAAAACGUGCGCUACUGGUGUUGGGCUGUCACAAUGGCUGUAAUGAUGGCGUACGCGGCCCACCGGCAGAUUUUUUGCGCAGCCAAUGUCAAAAGAUACUUACACGGAUAUUACGUCAGGCUAGCCAUCGUACCAAACGCUACUUACAAGAAAUGGUAAAAAGUACAGACUUACAUGAAUUAGUGGACUUCUUCCAUGCCUUUGUGGCAUUUUGUGUGGAUCCAAGUUCAUUAUUAUCACCGCUGACACAUAAGCGCACGGGUGGAUUUAAAAAUGUUAACACCGAUACGUCCCCAUCAGGCGGCCAAGGCGGCUAUUCGACCAAUUUCAGUGGUGGUCUUAGUGGUGGACCCGAAUCACAGGUGAUUGCUGCCGUUUUCAAGCCGUUGGUAACGCGUUUUGUAGAAGCAACCAAAGAUUUGAAAUCACCCGAGAAUGCCACAUUGUACAGCGAUAUACGACAGCUGAUAACCUAUGUGAAGGGAGCACAUGGUGGACCAUUUCGACUGGUGGCACUUAGUGGCAUAUUGGCCGUGACGCCGCGACCACAUAAAAAGGGACCGACUGCGCAAACUACUCGUGUUAUAAGACACAUACCGCAGGCGGAGGUGGCGCAAAGUAUUCCCAACGAUGAUAAUCGCUCGCAGCGUCGGUUUCUAUUGAAAAAACGUAGCACUUCAUCCGCCUGUGCUGUGAGUCUAUUGGAGACUGAACCGUGUGAGGAGCAUUACAAAAGUAGCCAAUCGCCAUUGAGCAACUUCCGUCGACGUACCACCGGCGUGCGACCAACGCUAACGCCACGUCACAGCGAACGUGCAUUGCUCUCCGAUUCCACAUCAAGUUCGGAACGCAAUUCACUUGGUCGCUUGAGCGGUUUGGUGCGCUGGUUUCGCAGCACGCCAAAAGAGGCGUCUUCCAUUGACUUGGAAAUUGGAUCACUUAAUCCGGAGAUUACAUCAACAUUCAUACGUCAUGCAUCGUUGAAGAUACAACGCGGUCGCACAAGCGAUGGAAUUGGACGCUCGAUACAACGCGCAAAGCGCCGUGUUGAGCGCCGUCUUAAUCGUUUUGGUAUUGUCAAGGGUAAGAAGAAGGCUGGCGGAAUUGAAGAAACCGCAGACUAUAGUCGACGCAGCUCUUCGGACAUGUGCGACGGACCGCGCGAGUCCGAAGUAGUAGUAUUGAAGGAGAGGAAACUGAUACCAAUGGAACCAGUGCGACUGGGAAUGCUGCGUUUGUCGUUCUUACUCGAAACCUGCGCGCCAGGCUCAUUUCCCGAUCCGCAGCUGAUUGCAGCCGUAUUGGACUUGCCUCAAGCACCACUUGUGGCACGCGCCACCUUCCUACUGGAAUGCGCGCACUUUGUGCAUCUCUGCAACAAAGGUCAAUGGCCACCGUGGAUGAAGCAUAAUCUACCCGGCUAUCGGCCAUCUGGCGCCAACAUCAACCUGAAUCAGACCAAACAUCAUACAACUGCGACAAGUACGCGACGCACACAUAUACUACAGCGCGCCGCAGGCAAAAUGUUUCAUCAGUGGGCCGAAAUGCUGGGCGCUCGACUCGAGGAGCUCAUAUUUACCGAACGUUUACAAUUCGAGUCGGUCAAUGCCACUUUUGCCGAUCCGGAUCGCCAACGCGAGCUGCUGCAACAAGAUGAAGAAGAGGACUUUCUUGACGAGGCUUCCGUGAAUCCGCAUGGUAAUGAUUGCCCGCAUGCGUUGAAAUUAAUUGCAUGUGUGCUGCUCUACGAAAUCACUGCUUUUCUGCGAGAUACGUAUGUCUUACUGCCCAAAGCAUCGAAGCUGCUACAUCGCGAGAAACACGCACCUUGGGAGAAGGUAUAUCGUGAGGCAAAUCGUCGUUGGUCCAUGGCAUUGAGCUCGAUGGGUCAUUCGCAGACAUCGGCGCAAAGUUUACAGUCCAUUGCUGCCGGUAAUGACACCACGGGCGGUCAAACUGAGCGAAAGAUAUCGUUUGUGCUGCACGAACCCGACAAUGAGUCGGAAAAUAGUAGCAACACUACGCUAACGAAAGAAGGUGAAGAAGCUCGUCGUCCAGCCGCUUCAGCCGUGCGACCAUUCCUUUUGCGCCGUGGUACAGCCACUACCACGGGUGGUUCCUUCAAGCGCCGCUCAUUGAAGCUGCGACGUAACACUAAGGAUGGCAAAGAUCUAGAAACCGACUUCAAACGCGUCGACUCCAUACAGUCGCGUCGCAAAGUUUCAUCGCUCUCCGAUCGCAGCGAUACUUCGGAACAAGGAAUGGUCAGUGGUGAAGAAUCGCCAGGAAUACUAAGCGACGAUCAACAACCAGAAUCCCCCACAGACUCCAAUGAAACAGAUGACACGGCCAAAAAUAUGCCUUGGCUUAAAGCAGUUAUCGAUCUUAUUACUAGCUACAACUACUAUUGUUCACACAAGGGCUAUUGUCAUCCGUACUGCUACAAGAGACAUAUGCGCGCCUGUACGCGUUUGAUAAAGGCCACCCGAAAGAUCUACGGCGAAGAAUUCGGUUUUACUUUCGAUAUCGAACAUCCGACAGUAGAGCCAACAGUACCCGUAAGCGCGACAUCCAAAUCGAAUCAAACCCGCCCGCGUUCAACGCGUAAGGUAUCCGAACAGAGUUCUACGCACACCUCACCGUCCAAGCGCAAGGAUAGUAUCUCGCGACGUGAUCGUAUAAGCGAUGAUCCCGAUAUAGAAAUCGCUGAGAAGCUGGCAGACGCCUUUCAUCAGGCAAAGGAGAAAAAGGAGCAGGACGAACCAGCUAUACUGAAGUAUCAACGCUUCUAUAUACGAACGCUCUUUCACUAUCCCUUCGCCACGAUGCUUAAGGGCGCCGUCAUACUGACCGAGGAAAUGGUUAUCGAAGCAAUGCCCGCAGCUUGGGAACUGCUGCUCGAUACGAAUCAAGACACUGCUUCAGCGAGUUCUGCCGUCUUUCUAAUGGGUUCGGUGAAGGCACAGAAUUUCGCUUUUGACAUAAUGCAGCGCGCUUUGAAAAGUAAAGAUCCUGAUGUACGCAUUGGUGCAGUGCAAAGAUAUCUUGUACUCUGGAAGAGCCGCUUUCAUGUGUGGCCGCGCAUGGAGGAAAACGCACAUGAUCUGACCUUCAAAGUGCCACCUGGUGGCAUAGAAUUUACGCUGCCUUCUCCCAAAAUAGGCAUAGAAAGCUUACCGGUCGUCGAUCCGCCUUGGAUGCCUGUGCAACAGACUAAGGAUAUGGAUGUGACGCUCAAUCAGGACAGACACCGCUCCCUCGUAACGGCCACAAAGAGUCGCAAAAUGCAGCAAACAGAGGCAAUACGCAAUGCUUUGCGCCAACAACGCGACAAACAACGCGCCGAGCGGCAUAGUUUCCUCAUCACCACCAUACCGAUCAGCCAGCAAGCAUCGCACGAACCCGGCAUGGAACAUGAAGAUCAUGAGGGUGAAGAGGAUUUGGAUGGCACACGCAUACAUUUGCAUCAUGCGCAUUCACUAUUCCCCUCGGUGCUUUGUUCGUCGGUGAUGCAGAUUGUUGGUUGCUUAGAUGAUGCGGCCAUUGGCACUGAUGGAAAUGCUGUCUAUGAAAUUGCCUAUCAGGCUAUCUGGGUGUGUCUCGUCGAGGAGUCUGCACUCUUCUUACGCUACGUAUUUGAACGGUUAACACGCGAUCGUCAAGAUCAAAUGUUUAAAUUGCUCCGGCAUUUAAUUAGAUUCGUGCCGCGUUUGCCUCAACAGGCUGCCUUUGCGCUAUACAACUCCAUCAUUGGUUACAUUAUGUUCUAUGUGCGCUCAUCAAAUGAGCACAAACAAGAGCUUGUCGGUUCAGCUCUUUCGGUGCUCUGGAUGGUGGUCCACAGCGUGCAUGGCAUUAUGUUUAAGGAUCUGAAGCAAAUUCUACGCAAAGAACAAUGCGACGCUUCUAUUUUACUUACAGCAAAUGUACCAGCGGCCAAGAAAAUUGUCGUACAUGGGCCAACCGAUGACGAUUGUAAUAUACCAUCGCAAUUUCCGGUGCAAGAGGACACACUGUUCUGUCAGUUGUUGAAAGAAGCUUUGGACUAUUACCCGGUGGAUGAAAAGAAUUUAAAUCAUUACUGUUUAGUGGAUUACAAAAGUAACAAAAUCCUCAAUCCCAAUUGGUACAUACGUGACUUGUACUUCUUUAAACGCUCUCAAUAUCCAGAAGUUCGUUUGAUACUGAUGAAACCCGAGGUCUCUUUCUUGGCCUUACAAAAGCAAGAACUAACAAAAAAGUUCGUUGAAAUCGGCAAAGUACAUCUGACAUGGGCAAUUUUGAAGAAUGUAGAUAUGGUGGUGCAGCGCGUUGUAUUCUUGCAUGAGGAACUCAUGAAACUACCCUCCUUCCCACGCAAGGCACUCGAAGUGGAUUUGGAUUUACAUCAAAGUGGCGAGUAUGGCAAGGUGCUACUUGGACUCGAUGUGCUGCAUAAAUUCAUGUGGGUGCGUCUAAUUGCGCGCAUGUUUGAAGCGAUGGCCGGCAAUUUCGCCUACUCCGCUGACAUACAACUCUUUCUGAAUGUGCUAUCCGGUGCGGCGAUUUUACAUGCUGAAGAUUCUUGCAUUAUGCGUUAUGUCAUGGCCACCUAUAUAAAUGCUGCCUUCAAUUUUAAGAAUAUAUUUUCAACGAAUGGUUACUUCAUGAUUAUGCCAACACUAUUGCAAGUCUAUUCGCUGCAUCAAACUAAUAAAUUGAUAACCACCACAAUUGAGUACGCAGUCAAACAAUUCUAUUUGCUGAAUCGUAAGCCGUUCAUAUUGCAAAUGUUCGGUUCGGUUUCGGCGAUACUCGAUACGGACGAGGAUGGCACGUACGGGGAGGCACAUAAGGUGCAAUCGAGUUGCUUAUUCAACUUACUACUGAGUUUGGAGGACCCCUCGCCCGAUCCAUUAAAUAUCGCCGAACUGGUAAAGGAGCCCAAGCCGCUAAAAGCUAUAGAUUUUUGCUAUCACGACGAAGAUGGUGACGUCACUGUGUUGGAUUGCAUCACCUUAUGCGUUAUGGUGGUUUCUUACUCUGCCGAGAGCACACGCGGCUAUCAAAUGCUGAUCAUUCUUGAGGCUAUACUACCAUGCUAUUUACAACAAAUCCAAUCGCCCAGCUAUAUUCCGUUACAAGGCAAAUCGGAGCGUGACAUCAUUUUACAGUUGGCUGUCGCCAUACGAACUAUGGUCCACAAUUGUGAGGGUCUGGCGAAGAGUUACAAUGGUCCAUAUCGUAAUAGCCCAGAACACAAGGGUUCAUCGCAGCGCAAUUGUAGUCGCGGCCCACCUUGUUCGCCCGGUCUUGACUUCGAGGAGGAAUCGCACUCGAAAUAUGUUAACGAUCCACGCACAAAGAACAUAAUGGAUUCUGGCGAAGAUUCCGAAAUGAUACGCACAGAGUAUCGACGUCCUCGCGACGUGCUGCUUUCAGUAGUCAGCGAUUUCCUCAGCAAAUCAAGCACGCGUUUGUCGGAAUUGUCAAAGAAGCUGCCGAACGAUAACAAAACCACAGAGGUGUUAGAUGCCAAAUGCCAUAUGCGUUUAGCAGAAAUCGCGCAUUCGCUGCUCAAAGUCUCACCCUACGAUCCCGAGUCUAUGGCAUGCCGUGGAUUACAGCGCUAUAUGCAGGCCAUUUUGCCACGUGCUGAAUGGUCGAAUGAUGCGCUACGCAACUCACUAAUCACCAUACUGCGACGUGUGGACAAAGUAUUUUUGAAAAUAUCCAAGAAACCUUCGAUACGACGCAACACCGACUGGGAGGCAGCUGCCGGUUUGCUUAAGGGUAUACAUGAAACGAUCGUGCGACAUCCGUAUGUACUGCACUGGCAACAGAUGAAAACGCUCGUCAGCACAGUGCAAAAUCUAAUUGUGAAUGAAGGAACUAGCGCCGGUGAGGGUGUGUCAAGCGCAGGUGCUGCUCUCAUGUCUCAGAAUCCUCCGGCCUUCUUUUGUUCGACGGUGGUGCGACUGGUAGCACUGCAAGUGGUCAGCCCGGUGGAUUGUUUCUCGUUGGUGCAGAUUUGUGGUGGCAGUGAAUUCGCUACGCAGGAGAAGGCCGAAGGUUUUCUAAUGCAUUUGAUUAUGCCACUGUGCUUGAAGGUAUGCUCGGGGCGUGGUGUCUCCGAUAUUGGUGAGCUCAAGAUGACCGAUGUCACGUUUCUGUUGACGGUGGUGCUGAAUGCCAUGAGCCCACCGGCGGGUCGCACCGGACAAGCAGUGAUACAGACUAAUCGGGUAGGUGGUGAUUUACGCGCUGGCUCGCUAACUUUUACUGGCAGUCGUGAUGCUAAACGGCCCGCACGCAUUUCGGGAUCGCUUUAUCAGGCCGCCUUUCUGGCGUUGCGCAUUGUGUGUAUUUGCUUCGAGAAUCGCUUGUCUAAUGAAUGGCCGCGAAUAGUGCGCGUAAUGCGGGAUUUGGGUAGACGAAAUGAGGCAGCGCCGGAUUUGUGGAGCUUCCUUGAAUUUGUGGUGACACAUAGAACACCACUGUACAUUGCGUUGAUGUCGUUCAUUUUGCAUAAAAUUUCUCAACCACCGAUUGGCGAUCAUGAACGGCAUAUGCAAUUUAUAAUUCGAGAGCGACUGCGCGGCACCCCACCACAGGGCGGUAUAAAAUCGAAAGGCGCACUUCUGCUGGAAUUGGCCAGAGAACUGAAAGAUUUGAGAGAUGAACUUGAAGAGAAGCGUUACGAUCGUGAGUGCUCCGAUCAGAAGAAAACUGAUACGCCCGCCGCAACGAGCGCAGCCGAAACACAUAAAUCUCAGCAGCGCCCAUCACUCAUAUCAAUAUUUACCGGCACUACCACCGGUCAAGCGACGCACUCUCACGUGUCAGCUGUUCCUAUAGAUUCACGAAGCGGUUCAGGUGGCAUUUGUACUCCCAGCGACACGCUCUCUCAACAAACACUGCACCCUCCCAGAGAGUCGCUAUCGAGCAGCUCUACGGGCCGUGAUCACCAUACAAGUGAAAGCCAGAGCGGCGAAAACGCUGCUGGUUCUGCGCCCACACUAGCUGGCGCUGCGGGUACCACAACUACUGGAUCUAACCAUGGCACCAUCGCUUCUGCGCUUCCUCCGGGAGUGAUGUCACAACUCUCGCACUCCCAAUCAUUGCAACAAGCGCCAUUCAAGGCACAGCCACCUAAGCUACGUUUCGUAUCUUCGGUGGAGUUCAGACACUCGUCUGGGGAGACAUCCACAACACCACUUUCUCCAGAAAGCCCUGCAGAAGAUAGUUCCGGUGAUCAUACGCGCUCACGCUUGCAACGCUCAAAAGCAUCAAGCCGCAAAACAUUCCGUUUGAGGCGUAGCCGCCUCACGUCCAUGGAGCCACCUAGCAUUGUUACGCAAAUUUCACAGGAGGAGCAUCCAAAGACUAUAGGCGAGAUAUCAUGGGAUUCGGUGUCACAAACUUCCUCCACAUCUGGUUAUCGUGACAACAACAGCUUGCAAACCGGUUUGCUUUCGCCGGAUGGCUCCUUGGGUGGCAUGACACUAGGACGGUCGCCAUCUCAGCACUCGUUGCUAAUGGUAUUCGAGGGUCAUGAUGAGGACACGCUUAUUUAACAAUCACAGUCUAGCCCGACGCAGACUGAGGAAUGAUGUGAUAGCCCAAAAGAUUACAAUAGGAGGAGGUCAAGAUGGUAGCAAUAAUAAAAUCGAAACUGUUCUUCGUCGGCU